CCUCAACAAGAAGCCCAUUCUGAAGAAGAGAAGCAUGUCUACAGCCUCAUUAUUGAAGCAAGCCACCGCAGCUGUAAAGGCCCAGGAGACCUGGGGAAUCCUCCGACUCCACCUCGGUCGUUCGUCAACAGACUACUUUGCCUACCCAUUUGCAUCAUGUCGAAUAAGUGGAGAAAGCAGUAGCGUCACUCUCUCGGUAGAGUCAUCUGGAAUCAUUUCCCGCAGUUCUGAGCGAAAGCACAUUCAUUUCAAUGAGCAAGUUGAGCAAUGCAUAGCUGUCGAAGCCAAUGUCGACGAUCAUCAAAACCUGGUCUAUGAUCAGUACGGUUUUGACAGUGACUCGGAUGACGCGGUUAUGAUGAAGCGAGUCAAGACAAAGAAGAGGCCCAUAUCCCCACGCAAGACUUUGAAGUCAAAGUCAGCAACUGAAAGAAAAAUAAUUGCGAUGCUGCCUUCCGCUACCCUCAAGGACCGCGAAGACGCUCCCGAGACACGAGAGACUGCCAUGAAGCACUCUCGAAACCCACUCAUAUCCUGUUGUUUAUAUUGCGCAGGUUGGCUUCAUCCCCCAAUGAGGGUACUAACGGAAAAGUCCAUCUCAUCCGGCAGCCUUUGGGAGGAGUCUGCGCGUAUGCGACGCACCCCGUCCGGUAUGUUUAUGCCUUACGAGGAAGGCGAAAUGCAACCCGAGGAUGGCAUAUUUGGCCGCGUUAUUGACAUAGUCAACACUACUCGUGAUAUUGCCCACGUUAUCUCGAACGUUGGCUGA